GCCGGGAGCGGAGUGCGGGUGUGAUCUGUAUUCGCUGCCAGAGCAGGCUCUCGCUCCUGUUGACCCGCGCUCCGCCCGGUAGCCUGGCCGGGAAAUAGGAACCCAGUGCUGUGGAAAACUGGAGGGAAUCACCCUGGAGGAGUCAGGAAAGGCUUCACAGGUGGUGACAUUGGAGCUGGGCCUUGAAGGUGAUGAGUUGUCUGGUUGGGAACAAAGGAGGAGAGGAAAUUCCAGGCUGAGGCUAUCAGAAGCACAUGAUGUGAUCUGAAAAUGGAUCCUGCUAACUAAUGUCAGAAGAAAGUGACUCGCUGAGAACCAGCCCCUCUGCGGCCUCACUUUCUGAAAAUGAGCUGCCGCCACCUCCUGAGCCUCCUGGCUACGUGUGCUCCCUGACAGAAGAGCUGGUCACCAAAGCCAGGGAAGAGCUGCAGGAGAAGCCGGAAUGGAGACUUCGGGAUGUCCAGGCCCUUCGUGACAUGGUGUGGAAGGAGUACCCUAACCUGAGCACCUGCCUUGAUGAUGCCUUCCUGCUGCGCUUCCUUCGAGCCCGCAAGUUUGAUUAUGACCGGGCCCUGCAGCUCCUGGUCAACUACCACAGCUGCCGGAGGAGCUGGCCGGAAGUCUUCAAUAACCUGAAGCCGUCGGCCUUAAAAGAUGUCCUCGCUUCCGGGUUCCUCACUGUGCUGCCCCACACUGACCCCAAGGGCUGCCAUAUCCUCUGCAUCCGCCCAGACAGAUGGAUACCCAGCAACUAUCCAGUUACAGAGAACAUCCGAGCCAUAUACUUGACAUUAGAAAAACUCAUUCAGUCUGAAGAAACCCAGGUGAAUGGAAUUGUCAUUCUUGCAGACUACAAAGGAGUGAGCUUAUCAAAAGCAUCUCAUUUUGGCCCUUUUAUAGCCAAAAAGGUGAUUGGCAUCCUUCAGGAUGGUUUCCCCAUUCGGAUAAAAGCAGUCCAUGUAGUAAACGAACCUCGAAUAUUCAAAGGCAUUUUUGCCAUCAUUAAACCAUUUCUGAAGGAGAAGAUAGCAAAUCGAUUUUUCCUUCAUGGAUCUGACCUGAACUCUCUCCACACGAACCUUCCCAGAAACAUUCUCCCCAAGGAGUAUGGGGGCACAGCUGGGGAGCUGAACAUCACUGCCUGGAACGAGGUGCUGCUGGCCUCGGAGGAGGACUUUGUGCGAGAGUUCUGCCAGCCGCUCCCUGCCUGCAACAGCAUCCUGGGCGAAGCCCGGCCACCCGAGGGGCCGACCUCUGACGUGCAGUGUGAUGACUCCUUGCGGGCUGUGAAAGCACAGCUCUAUUCCUGCUAUUAGCCAGUCCCAGUGAGUGUCGCCAUUGAUUCAUCCUUUCUUCUUUUCCUCUCCGAAGAGAGAAUCUGAGGUGCACAAGGAAAAUCUGAGGUGCCAUGGAUUCAGUCUUGUCCUCGUAAUUGAACUACAGCUUGGAGGAAAAGCCUGUUGAGCUUCAAGGGUGAGGGAUGGGGCAAGCCUUUGGUUACUUGAAUUACCCCGUGGAAGACAUGGAAAAUGUCAGCAGUGAUUCCCAAGUGUUUGCAAUCCCAGUUUGCAGCUAUUAAUCCAGAAGCUGUAUCUGCUUCUUGGGCAUCUUGAAGCAAGAAAAGUCAGGAUCCCACUUUCCAGGAGAAAACAACCUGAUUGCCAGUCAGCAUACUCCUGAGAGACAGGGUGGCUGGAUUUGCAAGGGGGCCAAACGUGACACGUGGGGAGUUUUUGUCUUUCAGUGAACCCUAACUAUAGACCUCUGCUGCUCAUCGGGAAGCUUCCAGUUUGAGGUACAGGCUCUGGUUGCCUUCACGGGAGUUGGAAAGCCUCUUAACUGGAUGAGGCAAGCAUCGGGACAUCAGCACUGCCUGAUCAAAUUCAGGAGCCAGAGAUUUCAAAGCGCCUCUGGGAUUCACGGGUUGAAUCUUGCAAUAGAAACUUGUUUUCCCAAACCCAUAAAGCCUUAGCCCUGGUUCUCAAUGGAAUCAUACAGGGUCCUAGAAGUAUAUGAUUUUACUCUACCCAAAAUAUUGGAUUCCAGGCCAGUGUAGCUAAAAGAAUUCUGGCCUAGGAAUUAGAGACCUGGGUUCCAGCCCCAGAUGUGUGACCUUGAAUGAGACAUGGGCUUCUGUGGGCCUCUGCUUUCUCAUCUGUAAAAUGAGGCUGGAUGAAGUGACGCCCAGGGCCCUUUUGGCUGCUGAGGUUCUGGGAUUUGGUUAAGUUAUUGAAUAAUGUUACAUACUGGCUUUCGGCCUAGAAAAAAUGACUCUUUAGAUGAAAGUGGUUAGAUCCUGUUUUCUAUCACAUGUGGGCCUUUCCAUUAGGGAUCUGUCACAUUUGGCCCUGUCUUUAAAGAAACUAGUAUGUAUAUUCCUGGGACUUAGUAUAUCGACUACCUUUUUGUAGCAGUGGUUCAAUUCAAAAAGGAUGGCUUUUGUGAAUGUUUAAGAGGACAGGUGAGAUGACCAGGAUGCCACAUGAAUCUCUUCUGUUGCUGAGAUUCUGGUGGUAUAUUGUAAGCCUGGCCACAGUGAACGUUUACAAAACUUGGAAUUCUUUAAACUCUGGUCUCUGGAAAUGAAUACAAUGGCAGAUUAUUACUGGGCCCCUGCGGGUACACCCACCUGUCCAAACUCUGUUGAGUCUCUCUCUCUGCCAUGGGCAGACAGAUGUCAUUCAGUCCAGGCAGCCUGAACAUUAGCUCUGUGUUUCAGCACUUUAGACUCUCCCUUCAAGAAUUUAGCCUUAGCCUAAGCAUCAGAUUAGGUGGUUCAGCCGAUGGCUUUUGACCUGUUUUCCUCCUCAUUCCAUGUAAAUUAUGGUGUUAAGAAUUAUGGUGUUAAACAAUGAUGAGAACUAUGUGUUGUGUACCUUCUCCAAGCAUUUGGCAGACAUUAUAACCAGUCAAGGUAGAAGAGAACAGUACUCAGACAAUCAAAGGCCAGUCUGUUGUUUUAUGGAGCUGUUCAUCUUUACAGCACUUUUAAUAAUGUCUAAUGGUGUUGGUAGAAAUUAUUUUACUUACCUCAUUAGUGCCAAUUCUAGGGAAAGUUCUUUUCACCAUAGAUGCUAACUGGAUCCUCAGGGGAUCUGGCUGAGCUGGAAGUGCCAAACACACACCCCCAGCUGCCUCUAGUUUCACCUAAGGAUGCUGUGACCAGUAUUGCUGAAGGUGGCAAGUGGGACAGUUCAAGUAGAGGGUUCAGAUCCUAACUGCCUGGGCAGGAGAAUUUGAGGCUUUCCACAUCCCAAUAGGAAACAGGAGAUGAAAAGUAAAACUAGAGGAAGAGAGAAAUGACUCACUCAGCCCCACCAAGUUGUCAAGGCUUGAACUCUACAUUGGGAUCCUGGCCAGUUGCCUUUGUCUAUGUGACUUAACAUUACAGAUGGUCAAAUUCACCUAGAGAAACAACUGGAAGACCAGGAGGGUGUUGCCCAUUUCCCAGGCCUUUCCAAUUUGACAGAGAAGGAGCUGUUUCAUUCAGCUUCUGGGCUGAGGUUUGUCUGCUUCCUGGAGCUGCUGUGCUUUGUGUCGGCGCCAAGGAGAGAUCAAAUGGUUUGGGCACCUCUAGAGGUUUGAACCAAGUUGCUAAAGCAGGACAUCCCUGGAAAAUCCAGGCAGCCUCAGUGUGGACCCAGCCUGUGUGCUUGGAGUCACCAUGGGAGCACACAGUGAGCCUUACCCAGUAGUGGGGAGAGCACUGGCCGCCUGGGCAGCCUGAGCAAAUGAAAACAUCGGGGAGCAGAACCAGGAGUGUCUUCCUUCAGGAAAAAGUUCUGGAAAUUAACUUUUCCCUUAACUCAGGUGGUGUGGUAGCGGAAAGAGAAAGGGAUUGUAAAUUAGGAGACCUGAGUUCCAUCUUUAUCUUGCCCUGUGGCCUUGGGAGAAUCACUUAACAUCCCUGCAUCAAAAUAGGAUAAAGGGAACUACAGGCUGAUCCCUGAAACUCUCUGUUCCCUCCAUUUAAUUGGCUUUACUGCCACAGGGAUACUGUAUCUUUUUAGAGGCUUUUUUUCUCUUUCUUUUCCAGUCAUCUGGGUUUUAUUUAGGAAAUCUAGGUUUGAGUGAAUUGGCACCUAAAACUUCCAAAUGAAUCUGUAAGCUUAGAUAAUAUGGACAUUUUCUUCCUUUACUUCCUCAUACCCUUACCCAGAAUUCUGGACAAUGUACCUCUUCCUGGCUUCCUAUCCUGCCUUCAUGGGGGAACACUGGAAGAAAGCUUCACAAACAGCCUGAAGUACAAGCUCCGGCUUCCCAUCUUGAGUUUCUUUACUUGCUCCUGGCUGAGGUGGCUUUAGAUACCUGAGAGCUCAUCCUGCUUUCACAAGGAGUCACUUGUCCUUAGAGGUUUAUAAACACUUUAGGUUCUAAGAAUAUUGUUUUUGCCUGAAAUAUAGCCAGGGCAAUAAGACAUUUUUCCUGAAUUCCUGUGAGAUACUGAGCCCUGCAGAAUUCUCCCUGGGGCAGACAGUUUCUUUAAAUGCUGUCAGAUUCUCAGAUCAAUUGUGGGAAUUUUUCAUUUGGUUAGCUCGAGAACUGUUGUGGGCAUUAUUGUAAUACCUCAUUUUAAAGUUUUCAGCUUUUAAGGUUUUCCUUUGAAACCUCUUCUUUCAUUUACGGUGUAACAUGUUAGCUAAGCUAAUGACAGACAUGGCUGUCAUGUAAUUAUGAGAGGUGUGGCGAUACCAACAGAGAUAUGUCACUUCUUCAGGAGAGAUGUCAGUUCUGGCAAUAUCUCUGUGUUGGGGGGAUUUAAUUUUGUAGAUCUAGAGUAAGCUCCUUUGAUUGCCUGUCUCAGAGAACCGUCAACUAUUCCUACAUGGUAAGAGCCUGCUCUGUGGGGUGGCCUGCUAUGACUUGCUGAAGGGGGUGAUAGUGAUGAAUUUAACAUUUUUCAGUUAGCUUUUUCACAAUCACUUUGGGCAGCAUGUUUGGUCAGGCAGUAAGUUAGUUGCUGUUGUGGAUUCUUGUGGGCAUGCCUCAGCUUCUUGGUAUAUCUGAUGGGAAUGUGUCACAAGUGAAAUACUUGAAACCCCUCUGUGGCCAAGAGCCUCUGACACCACUGAGGAAAUGGGAGGUGGGCUAAUUUUAUGACCAGUUUGGAGCACCGCUUCAGCCACUGGUCACAUCCCUUGCUUCAAACUGAAAUUCAGUUUGGCUUUGAAUGUAGGGACACAUGGCAGUUGAUUCAUCUACUUCAGUGUUUGUUUUGACCAAAAAUUUAUUUUUCUAGUGCAUUUUCUAAGAGUGGUAUAACCAUGUAAUUUUAAUAUGCAUGACUGGGUACUAUUAAAAAAUCCCUGUAAGAUUUUGUGUAU